GAGGGAGAGGGAGCAUGGAGUGAGUGAGUCACGAUACUAGAGAGAGAGAGGGAGGAAUAGAGAGAGUGUGUCUCAGUCUGUAAGCCGGUCAUCCUCCUGAAUGACUGUGGCGCAGACAGACAGCCCUCCCCCUGCAGAGGCCUCCCUUGAUGGUGAAUGAGUCUCCAGGAACCUACUGCGUUGCCGUUUUCUCAGAGGACACAGAGAACACUUCUCCUGUCAGAGAGCCAGCAAAGGACCAUCGAAAAGUCAAACAAAUGGAACAGGAGCAUCUAAUGGGGAAGAAGGAUCAACUGCACCUGCUGCCUCUUUCUCUUCUCUCUCAAGGACCGGCGAUUGAGUGAAAGCCUCUUGGUGAAGGUUAAUUGUUUGUUUGUGAGGUAGUAAGAUGGAGCCUGCAAGCUGUUGGUGUAUCAUAUGAUGGAGAGAGUGAUCACUCUAGUGACAUCUGGACCCCUCACCAGGACGGACGCAUCAAAGGACUAGACUGUUGGGGUUUUCUGAGUUUGUUCCAUUCACUCUCAUUUCUUCUGGGGUAAAGGAGUAUUCUAAGGUCAAGGGCAUGGCGAGGACAGAAGAAGAACAACGUCUAACUUUAAGAGGACUUUAAUCAAGUUCACCCACUUUUCAGGGUCCAUUGUUACUACUUCAUAGUCACCAGCUUUUGUUGUAAUGACCUUUCAUGAAUCACAGAAAGCAACAUUGCAGUGAAGUCAAGCUCCCACCUGUGAGGUAAGCGGCAGAGACACUAGCUUGUGGUGCUUACUGGCGAAAGAACCAAGUACUUGUCUGUGGAUCUCAGGCUGUCACUGUCCACCACCCGGCCCAUUAUCCUUACCAGUCAAGGGUUUGAGUAAUGGGGUAAGUGUGUACAAUCAUGGUGGUGACUCGGCUGGAACUGGAGCUGUGCUACCAGGGGAAGAAGUUGCGUGGCUUCACCUGUAAGCUGACCCGCUCUGCCCAUGGCUUCCUGCCUGAGAGCUCGUGGCAGAUCGCAGCCCAGGUGCUGCUGCCAUACCUGGUGGCUGGACUGGGAAUGGUCUCCGCUGGCAUCAUCAUGGAUAUUGUUCAACACUGGGAGGUAUUUAAGGUCAUCACAGAGAUUUUCAUCCUGGUUCCAGCUCUGGUGGGACUGAAGGGCAACCUGGAGAUGACCCUGGCUGCUCGCCUCUCCACUGCAGCUAACACUGGACAGAUGGAUGACCCCAAGCAUCAGUGGACGAUGGUGUGCAGCAACCUGGCUCUCAUUCAGGUUCAGGCCACGGUGGUGGGCUUCCUGGCUGCCGUGGCAGCCAUAUUACUGGGGGCCAUGUCUAGAGGUGGGGUGGAGCUGGACCAAGCUGCUGUGCUCUGUGCCAGCAGCAUCAUCACUGCAUUCGUGGCAGCACUGUCUCUAGGUCUAGUAAUGAUUGGGGUGAUCAUUGGCGCCAGGAAAGUGGGCAUCAACCCAGACAAUGUGGCCACACCCAUCGCUGCCAGUCUGGGAGAUCUAAUCACACUGUCUCUGCUGGCUGGAGUCAGUACUAUACUCUACCAGUACCGAGACGUCUGGUACCUGUCUCCCCUGUUGUGUGUGUUCUUCCUGGCUCUGAUCCCUCUGUGGGUGGUGGUGGCCCGGAAGAGCCCUCAAAUCAAGGAGGUCCUCGUCUCUGGCUGGCAGCCUGUCCUCGUAGCCAUGUCUAUCAGCAGUUUUGGGGGACUCAUAUUGGACAAGACUGUUAGCGACCCUAACUUUGAGGGGAUGGCCGUCUUUACACCCGUCAUAAAUGGUGUCGGAGGAAACUUGGUGGCCAUCCAGGCCAGUCGGAUCUCAACCUACCUUCACUUCUGGAGCAUGCCUGGAGUCUUGCCCUAUAAGAUGAGACAGCACUGGCCCAGCCCCUUUACUACCUUCUUCACCUCAGGUGUGAACUCCAAGUCAGCGAGGGUGUUGUUCCUAUUGGUGGUUCCGGGCCACCUGGUGUUCCUCUAUACCAUCUCUCUGCUCCAAGGCGGCCACACUGCCCUCACUGUCACUUUCACCGUCUGCUACCUGUGUGCUGCCCUUCUCCAGGUGGGUAUCCUCCUCUAUGUGGCUGACCUGAUAGUCCGUCUGAUGUGGAGGAGGAGUCUGGACCCAGACAACUUUUCCAUCCCCUACCUGACAGCCCUGGGAGACCUGCUGGGGACCGGCUUCCUGGCUUUGGUCUUCCGCUCCGUCUCACUCAUGGAGGGGCUGGGACUCUGAAAGGGAUGAAGGUCAUCGGUCUGCUUACAGGCCUCUCUGUGCUGUGCCUUCCCAGAUCAGGGGUCUGUAUCAUCUCCCUGCCCUGCCUCUCCUCUGCCUUCACCACUGGAGGGAGUUACUCUGCUGGGCGUGGGGAUGGCAGUGUGACUGACUGACUGCACGCACACUCUCUCACUCACUCACUCAGCUUACAGUUCAUCAGGAGGUGUGGGUCAUUUCAAACCUCAGAAAGUAUGGGUUGAUGGGACACACUGCAAACUCAUCCAGGUCCUAUUUCACACACCCCGCAUGUCACUUGUGAAUGUGAGACAAUGGAAAAAUCAACACACUAAAAUUGAACUUUUUCUGAAAUUAGGGAACGGUUAUUGAUCGAUAAUGGGUGCAUUGUAUGUUGGUGUAUGAAAAUGAAUUUUAACUUGUUUACAGUAUUUCUGGAUGUAGAAUGCAGAGUGGGGCUUGGCAACAUCCCUUUCAUUAUAGACAUAACUCAAAAAACCUUACUUGACUGGUAACUACAGGAACAUUCUGUUGUAGAUCGAAGUAGAAUCAUCUUCAUACAUCGCCACCAAUGCGUAGCUUGAAACUACUGCACCCAUUGAAAUUGCAACUAGGGUGUGAAUGGAAUGGACCUGUGAAUGUAUCAAGGAUCGAACAUAUUUGAAGGCAAUCAGUAUUAUUUUGUGAUUUUUCUAUGAGCAGCUUACUGUCACAGUGUUAAGUUAAAUAUCUGCAAAUUAAACUUUUAAGGGAGGCACUUCUUAAACCAGAGUUAAGUUACCGUUGGCAUGUCGUCAGUAAUGUGAGAUGGGGUAAGGGCAAAACAUUGAAACUGUUCUCAAAUCUGGUUCAAGGUGUUAGGCGUCUUAUCACAUAUGACAGGACGGGAAACGGUAUCAUAGCAAAGUGCCUGAUAAAGUGUUACGAAUGUUUGUCACUUCUUAAUGUUCAGCAGCAAUCUUAAAUGCAAAAACAAAACCUUAAAGUACACAGUAUCUGUCAAGUCCGUGUAUCAUGAAUGUUACAUGUCGGGUGUGUUUUGUAUAAUCACAAAUGUCUAUUUAAAGAGAAGGUAGCUUUAUUUAAAACAUUGCAAUGUCCCCAUUCACAUGCCUUCUGUACGUUACAACUGUAGUGCCCUCACACAUGGUUAAGGGGCUUGAACAUAAAAAUGAAACAAAAACUAAUGUAAAUGUAUUCUUUAUUUUGUUUAUCCUACCGUCAUAAACAUUUUAUGAAUUUGAAUCACUUUAAAAUGUACAUGCAUCCAUAAUUUCACUACAUUGAAUCACACAUUUUAAAGCUCAUUUCAUAGAGAAUAUUACAAUCUGGACUAUACUGUAUCUAGUAACUUACUUUGAAGAGAUGGUCGUUGGGUCAAAAUAGCCAUUUGCAAAAUUCAGUGUACUUGUCUUUUAACUGCCAUUUCCCGAAUGUCAGACUGGACAGAUGUCACUGUCCAACUCAUUUUUCUCAGCUUCAGAAGCAUCUAAAUUCACCAAAGUGUGUGUGGUUAUCCUUAGAUAUAUUCUCCGGAAUUACUCAGAGGGAAUUGUUGAUUUGUCACAUAUUUAUUAUAGACUACAUUACAAAUUUUCCAAAAACGCUUUUUAUGUACAAGUAUCUGCCAAAAUAUUGGAAACGAGUAAAUGAGGGAUACAAAGUAUAUGGAAAGCAGAUGCUUCCACACAGGUGUGGGUCCUUAUGCUUAGUUUCCUUAUUUUGGCUACCAUGGCUAUUCCCCAUAGGAUGACAAUGCCCCCAUCCACAGGGCACGUUGGUCCCUGAAUGGUUUGAUGAGCAUGAAAACACUGUAAAACCAUAUGCCAUGGCCGAAUACAACAGGGGCGGCAGGGUAGCCUAGUGGUUAGAGCGUUGGACUAGUAACCGGAAGGUUGCAAGUUCAAACGCCCUAGCUGACAAGGUACAAAUCUGUCGUUCUGCCCCUGAACAGGCAUUUAACCCACUGUUCCUAGGCCAUCAUUGAAAAUAAGAAUUUGUUCUUAACUGACUUGCCUGGUUAAAUAAAGGUCAAAUUAAAAAAACAGGUGUAGGUAGACCUCACCGUGAAAUGCUUACUUACAAGCCCUUAACCAACAAUGCAUUUUUAAGAAACUAAAGUUAAGACAAUAUUUAUGAAUAUACUAGAGUAAAAAAAUUAAGUAACAAUAAAAUAACAUUAAUGAGGCUAUAUACAGGGUGUACCGGUACUGAGUCAAUGUGCGGGGUACAGGUUAGUCGAGGUAAUUUGUUCAUGUAGGUUGGGGUAAAGUGACUAUGCAUAGAUAAUAAACAGUGAGUAGCAGCAAAUAGUCCAGGUUGCCAUUGGAUUAAUUGUUCAGCAGUCUUAUGGCUUGUUGAGGAGCCUUUCGGACAUAGACUUGGUACCGCUUGUGUGGUAGCAGAGAGAACAGUCUAUGACUUGGGUGACUGGAGUCAUUUUUUGGGCCUUCCUCUGACACCGCCUAGUAUAUAGGUCCUGGAUGGCAGGAAGCUUUGCCCCAGUGAUGUACAGGGCUGUACGCACUACCCUCUGUAGCGCCUUACGGUUGGAUGCCGAGCAGUUGAUGCAACCGGUCAGGAUGCUCUCAAUAGUGCAGCUGUAGAACAUUUUGAGGAUCUGGGGACCCAUGCCAAAUCUUUUCAGUCUCCUGAGGGGGAAAGUCUUUUGUCAAGAAAGUUGUGCCCUCUUCACAACUUUCUUGGUGUGUUUGAUAGUUUGUUGGUGAUGUGGACACAAAAGGAACUAGAAACUCUUGACCCACUUCACUACAGCCACGUCGAUGUGAAUGGGGGCAUGUUCGGCCCUCCUUUUCCUGUCCACGAUCAUCUCCUUUGUCUUGCUCACGUUGAGGGAGAGGUUGUUGUCCUGGCACCACACUGCCAGGUCUCUGACCUCCCUAUAGGCUGUCUCAUCAUUGUCGGUGAUAAGGCCUACCACCGUUGUGUCGUCAGCAAACUUAAUGAUGGUGUUGGAGGCGCGCUUGGCCAUGCAGUCGUGGGUGAACAGGGAGUACAGGAGGAGACUAAGCACGCACCCCUGUGGGACCCCAUGUUGAGGAUCAGUGUGGCAGAUGUGUUGUUGGCUACCAGGAUCCAGUUGCAGAAAGAGGUGUUUAGUCCCAGGGUCCUUAGCUUAGCCCAGGUCCAUACUUACCCUAAAUGAAGUGACUGAGCCACGAGUUGAGAACCAACGAAAUCAGCUUCCCUCCCUGUUGCAAAUAUUGCAUCAUCAUCCCCUUAAUUUGAGGAAGAUGACUGAUAAUAUUUCAUUAAUCAAAUGUUUUAAAAGUUGUAAUAUUAAAAUACACAUCACAUUACACAUUUAGUAACGACAGGAUGCAUUUGAAAGUUCAUGCACAGUAAAACUUUUGUAGGACUUUAUAAAAUUAUUUUAUCGAUAGAUGGGGGAAAAGGUGCCUGUGCAUUGAUAAGCACGUAAUAACAUAAAAAUGGCACUUGUAAUAGCCCAUUUCACAGCAGAGCCUGCUGAAUUGCCAAGAUAACUUUUCUUUCGUGUUGAUUUCGGCAGAAAUGUAAAUGUGGCACUGACACGCCCAUGGAUUGAUGUUUAAGCAUUGGCUCAAUGAAUAGUCACGCAUUUGACUAGCCAUGCAUAGUUACAAGCCUGCUAGAGUUAGCGGCAUGCAGAUGAGCAAUAUCCACAGUCAUAGUACGGAUGAAGCCUGAGCUGGAAUGUGAAGCUAACUGAAGCUGGAUAGCUUUAAAAAUGCCUGAGUAGAUCUAGCUUACUUUGUAAUGUAUACCACUCUGAUCUCAACCCACUUGCACACUUAUGGGCGAUUCUGGAGCAGCUCUUGAGACAGCGUUUUCCACAUAGAAAUGAGAAUGAAUAGAACGGGCUUGGAACCUCUUAACCCUGGCAUUUGUGAUGUAGUCAUUUCCAUGGUAAUGUAUAAUGUUAAUUCAGAUGAUGCUAACUGGCUCAUGGAAUGGAAUUCACUUUUUAAAUGUCAUUUGAAUUGAAUCAACAAAUCACAGCACAGACUGAUGGUUGGACUUCCUGCUUUUACUUCAUUCUUUGCUCUUAUGGCUACACUCGCAAUGGCUGCCAGUCCACCCAUUAUGCCAUGAUUCACUUGAAUGUUCCAGACAUUUGUAGAAUCAAGGUGCAUUGAAGCUGUUCUGGCUCGUAGUGGCCCAACGCCCUAUUAAGACAUUUUAUGUUGAUGUUUAAUUUAUUUUGGCAGUUACCUGUACAUGUCUUUAAUAUUUUACAGACAGAAAGAUGAAAACAUUAUUUAUCUUUAAUCUGGUCUAAGUAAAUCCGGUCCUGGAGUGUCUUAACAAAAUGAAACCAAAAUAUUUGGGCUGACUUCAUCCAGAAAAUGUUUGAUUUUGUGGUUUAUGAAAAUAUGUGCAAAUUUAAUGAGAACACAACAUUUGCAUGUUUUAGACAAUAUUUCAGAAAUAUUGUAAUACAAAAAAGUAUUAUAUUUGUGUCUACACGUAACUGGAAAAAGUUGAUUGUGAUAGGGUGUGGUGCCUGGCCUUAACAUGCCUUUUUCUGCACAAUUGCAGAACCAUCAUAUUAUUUAAAUUACCUUUCAUAGACAUUUGAAAUUAUGGUAUCAAAUACUUCAUAAAUGUACAACAAGCAUCAAUAUGUUUUCUGUGGUCUGUGGCUCUGGUCAGUCGCAUUGUAAUAAAAAACGCUGAACAGUAUGUGACCGCAUAACCUGUAAUCUUUCUCUCUCAGCUCUCCCUGUGCUCCAGUCAGUCAGUCCCAUUGGUUUAACACAACUGACCACUGGUCUGUAUCAGUUAGUGUACAUUGGUAUUAAAUUCACAGUUUGUUGGUAACACACAAUGAGCACAUAAAGUUGUUUUUAAAGCCUGUGCAAAAAUAUUCUCCAAUGAAUGAGUCAUGCCGAAAUUGCAGAUUGGGUUUUUGGACUUUUCAAAAGUGGAGAAAACUUUCAUUCCUUCACAAUAGUUUCAUAGCCACAAAAUAUAUUUCUGUCACAGAACAACAGUAUUUCAUAAUGGAAAAUAAGGACAUGGAAAAGGGUAUCCUAUGAUGGUUGAUCCUAUGAUGGUUGAUCCUAUGAUGGCCCUAUGAUGGUUGAUCCUAUGAUGGCCCUAUGAUGGUUGAUCCUAUGAUGGCCCUAUGAUGGUUGAUCCUAUGAUGGCCCUAUGAUGGUUGAUCCUAUGAUGGCCCUAUGAUGGUUGAUCCUAUGAUGGCCCUAUGAUGGUUGAUAACCGGUAAUGACAAUAUAAGAUGUCAUCACUUUCUACUACUGUGUGCUUGGAUGUUGAGAAAUUAGUGUGUGAAAGUAUAAUUUAUAUUGAAUGGUGGAUAUUGUUACUAUAAAAUACAAUUUGCCACUUGCAAAGUGAACAUAGAGGGCUCUAACAUUAGACAACAUGUACAGUAAAACAGCAAGACAACUGUGUAAUACUGGGAUAAUAAAUAGUGUAACUACCUGCUCGUUUCUCUGUAGGCUAAAUUGGUAGCAGAAAAUACCAGGUUUUACAGACCACUUGUCAACAACAGUCAAAUGCUGUGUCAUUUCCCAGCUGAGGAGUUCAUGAAUGAUGCAACUCUACUGAGUGCGACCUCUGUUCUCUCCAGACAUUAUUCACAGGCUACGGGUGUUUGUCUGAAACAGGCUGUCUGUACAUAACUUGAUGGUGGCUCCUUAACACUCAGGGAGCUUCGCAAAUUCAUUCUAAAGUAACCUGCCUCAAUGACUGUCGCACUCACAUCUGUAAUCAUGAAGUGCUUUGAAAGGCUGGUCAUGGCACACAUCAACCCCAUCAUUCCAGACACCUUGGACCCACUAAAACGUGCAUACCACCUCGACAGAUCCACGGAUGACACAAACUCAAUUGCACUCCACACAGCCCUCUCACACCUAGACAAGAUGAAUACCUAUGUGAGAAUGCUGUUCAUUGCCUACAGCUCAGUGUUCAAUACCAUAGUCCACUCCAAACUCGUCCCUAAGAUUGGGACCCCUUGGACUGAACACCUUCCUCUGUAAUUGGAUCCUGGGCUUCUUGACAGGCCGACCCCAGGUGGUUAGGGAAGGCAACAACACCUCCGCCACGCUGACCCUCAACAUGACGGGCCCCGUCAGGGGUGUGUGUUUAGCCCCCUCCUGUACGCCGUUUACCCACGACUGCAUGGCCACGCACGACUCCAACGCCAUCAUCAAGUUUGCUGACGACACGACAGUGGUGGGCCUGACCCCCGAAGGUGAUGAGACAGCCUACAGAGAGGACGUCAGAGACCUGGCAAUGUGGUGCCAGCACAACAAUCUCUUCCCUCAACGUCAGCAAGACUAAGAAGCUGAUCAUGGACUACAGGAAAGGGGGUGGGCUGAAGAGAUUUGGCAUGGCCCUUCAGAUCCUGAAGAACUUUUACAGGUGCACCAUCGGAGCGCAUUUUGACUGGUUGCAUCACCGCCUGGUAUGGCAACUGCACCGCCCUCAACCGCAAGGCCCUACAAAGGGUGGUGCGGACAGCCCAGCACAUCACUGGGGGUGAGCUUCCAGCCAUUCAGGACAUUCAAACCAGGUGGUACUGAGGAAGGCACAAAACAUUGCCAAAGACAUCAGUCACACCAGCCAUGGACUGAUCUCUCUGCCACCGGCAGGCGGUACCGGAGCAUCAGGUCUCUGACCAACAGGGUCCAAGAAAGCUUCUUUCCCCAAGCAAUAAGACGAUUGAAUAGCUAAACAACAGCUGUCCUCCCUUUCCCGCGCGCACACACACAAACAUACACACAACUGAGCACCUAAGUACUCUUUCCAGGAACCCCCUUCCACUAGGAAUGUUGAGGAUUAUUGGCUAUACCUUGAAGAGAUACAACAAAGAGUCUUUCUCCAACCAACCAAUCAUUUAUUUCAGUGUCAUUGUCAUUUCAGUGUCAUUGUUAUUUCAGUGUCACAGACAUGCGCUCCAUGACAUACCUUCCAUCUUCACAAGGUGCGUCAUUCGGGGAAAGGACAUCACCAAGUGUCUUAAGCAGGUACAGUAAGUACAGUAGUAGUCAGUUCCACCCCCUUUAAAUGACCAGCAACCUUAGGGGAACCAGCAUCAAGAACAGGGGAAAAGGUUGGCCAUCUUCAUAGGGAAAUAGCACCACUCACAGUGGCAGGUGAUACACGACAAUGUACCCAGUCUGCUGUAUGGGCUCAGGGGUAAGGGUAGCAUGGGGCAUGGAAGGUUCGGCCAGAUGUGUUGCAGCAGCACAGCUCUCAGCAGGCAGCGGUGUAGUAGGCCAUAUCUCAGGGCCAGAAAACACUGGAGAGGUGUCCAACACACAGGAUAUGCAUCAGGAAACAUUGUGACCUCAGAUUUGGAAAACUGCUCUGGUGACUCAGGCUCCGAUCCUGAUAGGCCAGAUUCCUCCAGUGCCACUUCACCAACGGGCAGCUCCUCUGUACCUACGGCAGCAGUAGCGAUAUCAGUAGCCGGCAUCCCCUCAGAUGGAACAGGACCACCCAGGGCUCCAGCCCCAGUCUCCAGUAGCUCUGUGAUGGGCUCGGCCUGCAUCUGGAUCAUGGACUCUCUGUCUCAGCCCACAUCUGAUGGAACACACAUGUAGAAAGGUCAUGCCUUCGGCCAGCUGGCCCAGUUGUAGUCAGUCUGCAGGCAGUAAUUUCAGUAGUGAUGCACUGGAGAUGACAGCUGCAGGGCUCAUCAACUGGAAGGUCAAACUUCAACAGCGUCAGCAAAAACCGUUGGGCUCUGAAGAACCCUUCUUCCAGGGUCUUUGCUGGAUACAGCUUCGCCCACCUUUGCCAGUCGUCAGGGAAACAGCCUUGUAGUUACUCUACCAGAAGAGUGGCGUCGUCCCAGUAGUGUUGAUUGUGUAGCCACCCCCACAGGUAGUUGGCCUCCUUCUUGUCGCACCAGUUUGGUAGCGUUGUGGUCAGUUCUUCACUGUCCAUGACAUGGGAUCCCACCAUAUGUGAAGCAGAAACCAGAUCAGACAGUGAGGAGACAGACAGGAUGUUCUGGUGCUCCCCUCUCUUAGAGGCUUUUAUUUACAAUAGUAACAGGUGAAGGACUAAUUGGCCAAUAAACUUUGUACAGAAAAUAACAAACAGGAGGUUAACAAAAACUUGAAUAAAUCUAAGAUAUUCUCAGUGUAAACUAUUCUGGCAACAACUCUUUGCUUGUAACCAAACUCAAGUAUGGAUCUACUCUAGCCAACCUGUUACCUGCCCAGCCUGCUCUCCCCCAGGCAAAGGCCAACUGAGCACCUAAGUACUCCUUCCAGGAACUCCCUCCUGCUAGGAAUGUUCCAUCAUGAUAGCCCCAAAACACAUUUCUACCAUAAACGCGUAAACAACAGUUUUACAUAAACACACACUUCAAUAACUUGUUCCAUGGCUGCUUAUUCCCGUCAACCAAUAAAAAAAGAAGACUAGUAGACUAAUUUGAGAAAUGUGUAAUGCACACCAGCACUUCAACAAGGAAACAAACAAACACUUCGAUCGCUAUUCGAAAAAUAUAUUUCACAUUGCUAGAGCAUGUUCGUUUAAAUGGGGGGCUUUAUACACAGUAGAAACAUAGCUAACAAGUUACAUUGUUUUAGUAACUGGCGUACACAACAAACACUCGACUUUAGCGCCUCAUGUCAAAGUUUUUGUCAAACGGAAUGCACAACUCUCUUGCGGAAUGCACAACUCUCUUGCGGAAUGCGCAACUCUCUUGCGGAAUGCGCAACUCUCUUGCGGAAUGCGCAACUCUCUUGCGGUAUGCACAACUCUCUUGAGGAAUGCACAAAUCUCUUGCGGAAUGCACAACUCUCUUGCGGAAUGCGCAACUCUACCCAACAUAUUAUAUUUUGUUUCAGGGUUCUUGGCUAUACCUUGAAGAUACAAUAGUCUUGUUUCAGGGUUCUUGGCUAUACCUUGAAGAUACAAUAGUCUUUUGUUUCAGGGUUCUUGGCUAUACCUUGAAGACACAAUAGUCUUUUGUUUCAGGGUUCUUGGCUAUACCUUGAAGAUACAAUAGUCUUGUUUCAGGGUUCUUGGCUAUACCUUGAAGAUACAAUAGUCUUUCUCCAAUAGUCUUUUGUUUCAGUGUCAUUGUCUAUAAGUCACGGACAUGCACUCCAUGACGCAUACACACGCUCACAGACGCCACACAUAUCGCCACACAUAUCACCCCUUACACUGCUGCUAUAUUGAUUAUUAUUUAUCCUGCCAUCAGUCACCUUUUUACCGCUGUUUACAUGUACCUCAAUUACUCUAGUACUCCUGCACAUUGUCAUUACGGUACUAGCACUGAACCUGUAUAUGACUUGCAUUCUCAUGUUUUUUUUUAUGUAGUUUUUCCAUACUUCUCAUGAGUUUUCUUACUUUAUAUUUAUACGGUAUAUUAUUCCUUUAUAUUAUUUCCACUCACCUUCAUACUGAAUACUGCAUUGUUGGGAAAGAGCUUACAUACAAGUAAGCAUUUAACUGUACUGUUUUACACCUGCCUUUUCCUAUUGCAAGUGACAAAUACACUUUAAAACUUGAAACUCUUAGGAGAGGCUAUUUCUAUUUCAAGUCAGCAAAUAAAUGCAGUGCAAGUAUUCAGACCCCUUGACUUGUUCCAAAUUUUAUUAAGUUACAGACCUAACAUUGAUUUUUUUUUAAAUGUUACCAAAUCUACACACCAUACCCGAUAAUGACAAAGCAAAAACAGUUGUUGUUUUUUGCCACUGUAUUAAAAAGAGUCUAAGGGCACACCCCACUUGGCUCAUCGCUCUCUAGCGACUCCUUGUGGUGGGCCAGGCGCCUACAGGCUGACCUCGGUCUUCAGUUUAACGGUGUUUCCUAAUACACAUUGAUGCAAUUGGCUUCAGGGUUUAGCGGGCAGGUGUUAAGAAGCACGAUUUGGCGGGUCAUGUUUCGGGGGACACAUGACUCGACCUUCACGUCCCACUCCCGUUGGGGAGAUUGAAAGAAAAGGGGGAAGGGGAGUAACAACAACAAAAAAUAUAUACCUUAUUUACAUAAGUAUUCAAACCCUUUGCUAUGAGACUCUAAAUUGAGAUCAGAUGCAUCCUGUUUGCAUUGUUCAUCCUUGAGAAGUUUCUACAACUUGAUUGGAGUCCACCUGUGGUAAAUUCAAUUGAUUGGACAUGAUUUGGAAAGGCACACACCCUGUCUAGAUAAGGUCCCACAGUUGACAAUGCAUGUCAGAGCAAAAACCAAGCAAUUAUCUGUACAGGAUUGUGCCGAAGCACAGAUCUGGGGAUGGGUACCAACACAUUUCUGCAGCAUUGAAGGUCCCCAAGGACACAGUGACCUCCAUCAUACUUAAACAGAAGAAGUUUGGAGCAACCAAGACUCUUCCUAGAGUUGGCCUCCCGGCCAAACUGAGCAAUCAAGGGAGAAGGGCCUUGGUCAGGGAGGUGACCAAGAACCCGAUGGUCACUCUGAUAGAACCUUCCAGAAGAACAACCAUCUCUGCAGCACUCCACCAAUCAGGCCUUUAUGGUAGAGUGGCCAGACGGAAGCCAUUCCUCAGUAAAAGGCACAUGACAGCCCACUGGGAGUUUGACAAAAGGCAUCUAAAGACUCUCAGACCAUGAGAAACAAGAUUCUCUGGUCUGAUGAAACCAAUAUUGAACUCUUUGGCCUGAAUGCCAAGCAUCAUGUCUGGAAGAAACCUGGCACCAUCCCUACAGUGAAGCAUGGUGGUGGCAGCAUCAUGCUGUGGGGCUGUUUUUCACUGGCAGGGACUGGGAGACUAGUCAGGAUCGAGGGAAAGAUGAAUAGAGCCAAGUACAGAGAGAUCCUUGAUGAAAACCUGCUCCAGAGGACUCAGGACCUCACCUUCCAACAGGCCAAUGCCCCUAAGCACACAAUCAAGACAACGCAGGAGAGGCUUCGGACAAGUAUCUGAAUGUCCUUGAGUGGCCCAGCCAGAGCCCAGACAUGAGCCCGAUCUAAUAUCUCUAGAGACCUGAAAAUAUCUGUACAGCGAUGCUCCCCAUCCAACCUGACAGAGCUUAAGAGGAUUUGCAGAGAUUAAUGGGAGAAACUCCACAAAUACAGGUAUGCUAAGUUUGUUGGCUUCAUACCCAAGAAGACUCAAGACUGCCAAAGGUGCUGAGUAAAGGGCCUGAAUACUUAUAUAAAUGUGAUAUUUCAGUUAUCAUUUUUUAUGCAUUUGCUAAAUUUUCUAAAAACCUGUUUUUACUUUGUCAUUAUGGGGUAUUGUGUGUAGAUUGUUGAGGAAAAAUUGAAUCAAUUUUAGAAUAACGCUGUAAAGUAACAAAAUGUGGGAAAAGUGAAGUGGUCUAAAUACUUUUCGAAUGCACUAUACAGUAUACCGUUGUUAUGGACAAACUUUGUUCCAAAAGGUUGCACUGUGGCAUAACAUCAACAGUCAUGAAAACUAAUUGUAUUUACUGCUCUCAUAGUCAAGAAAAAUACUGCAUGCUAUAAAUGUAAUUUAAUAUUUGCUUUUUACCAGAUGGCCUACCUGGUUUUAACAUGUAGUUCCCCUGUAGGUAGGUAGUUAGCCCUAGGUGGCUUUCCACAGUUCAACAAGGAGUGCUCUGAUGAGGGGCUGCCUUGGCCCAAACCACAGCUAUGCACCGUUUGCUCAGUCUGACGUGAGCUAAAUAAAGAGGUGACUCUGCAAAGCAUGUGCCAUUUCUGUAAUUAACUCCCUAUCUGCAGGCAAUCUGCCUGCCAGGCUUUAUAUAACCAGCAUACAUUGUUUAUCAGAACACGUUUACUAUCAACCGUGGCUUAUGUAACAUCAAUGAACAGGUGGCAAUCAUUUUAUAAUGUGGGAAAAUUGUGACAUGGUACAGUAUGAAUGAGGACUUCACUGUUUAUUUU